AAAUCUCUGCUAGCCGGAAACAAUAUGGUUCUUUUAACAUGUUGUUGGUAUCAGGAUUAUAAUACUAGAUUAGAAAUCUAGAAUAUUUCUUUGAUUGAAUCAGUGAUUUUUUUAAAUAAACUUUGUAAUGCAUAAGGAAUACAUUUUAUUCUUAUUUUCUUAAUUAGAAACUAAUAAUCGCAAACUUUAGUGACUAAAAUGACGGAUUACAAAGAAGAGCAAAGGAAUGAAAUUGAAGCUCUGCAAUCAAUUUACCCAGAUGAAAUCGAAAUUAUUGAAGAGCAACCAUACUAUUCUUUCAAACUUCAAGUUGGAUCACAGGACCCAGACAAAUUUCCAGAUCAUGCCAUGUCUGCGGUAAUACAGUUCACCUAUACACAUGACUAUCCAGACUCUGCACCUGAUAUGCUUAUAGAGUCAACCGAGAAUAUGGAUGAUGCUCAACAAGAAUCUUUAAUGGAAUUUAUGACAUCUCAGGCAGAAGAAAACCUGGGAAUGGCUAUGAUAUUUACAAUUAUUUCAUCGGUACAAGAGAGGCUGACAGAUAUGAUGGAGCAGGCAGCAAAAGAUCAGGAAGAAGCCAUUGAGCGCAAGAAAAAGGCAGAUGAAGAGGCUGAGAGGAAACGCUUUGAAGGAACCAGAGUCACUGUUGAAUCAUUUAUGGCAUGGAAAUUAAAGUUUGAUGCUGAAAAGGCAGAAAUGCGAAGAUUAAAAGGUUUCUCUGAUGGAUCAGCUAAAAAACCUACAGGUAAAGAACAAUUUAUGGCAGAUCAGUCAUUGUAUGAUUCUGAUGUAAAAUUUUUGCAAGCAGAGGGAGACACACUGGAGGUGGAUGAAUCUUUAUUUGAUAACAUGGGCGACCUAGACUUAGAAGAUGAUGAUGAUGAUGAUGAUGAUGACGACCCAGAUUACCAGCCUGGAGAUGAAGAUGACUGACAUUAGAGUACGCAUUUAGAUGUUUUAUGUAUUAACUGAAUUUUACAUUGCCAAUUCUUUAUCCUAUUACAUGACUUGUCUUGCAUUUGUGUCCAAAAUGAAAAUAUUGUUCAAAUAUGUGCCUGCAAUAAAAAAAAAUAGAAAGGAAAAAAAA